AUGCUUAAGAGGAGGAGAAGGAUUAUAUACCAGCUGUUUUCGUGAGAAGUGUCAAAGAACACAAGAAGGCAGUGCUGAGCUCGAGAGGAUUAUCAAUCUGUCAGAUCAGUUACAUUGGAAAUCUUCACACAACAAUGGCAGAUCACGAAGACCUUGGCAAAAUGGCCGGACACUGGAACGCCUCAGAAAACUACCAGUUCAACCCUGCCAGCGUCAUCGUUUCAGUGGUCUUCUCUCUCAUCUUCCUGCUGGGGACCAUUGGGAACAGCCUGGUCCUGGCUGUGCUCCUCCGCAAUGGCCAGAUGGGACACAACACCACCAACCUGUUCAUCCUGAACCUCAGUGUCGCCGAUUUCUUCUUCAUCAUCUUUUGUGUGCCGUUCCAAGCUACCAUCUACUCCCUGGAGGGGUGGGUGUUUGGGUCCUUCAUGUGCAAGGCUGUCCACUUCUUCAUUAAUCUCACUAUGUAUGCCAGCAGCUUCACACUAGCUGCUGUAUCAGUUGACAGAUACCUGGCGAUCCGCUACCCCCUGCGGUCAAGGGAACUGAGAACGCCGUGCAACGCAGUGGCAGCAAUGGCUGUGAUCUGGGGUCUCUCUCUGGUCUUUGCUGGGCCUUACCUGAGCUACUAUGAUCUCAUCGAUUUUGCAAACGGCAACGUGUGUGUUCCAGGGUGGGAAGAAUGGAACCGCAAAGUGCUGGACACCUGUACGUUUGUAUUUGGCUAUGUGAUCCCGGUGCUGAUCGUAAGCCUCUCCUACACGAGAACAAUAAAAUAUCUCUGGACAGCUGUGGACCCUCUAGACGGUAUGUCAGAGUCAAAGAAAGCCAAGCGUAAAGUGACCAAGAUGAUUAUUAUCGUCACUGUCCUGUUCUGUCUUUGCUGGCUGCCCUACCACGUAGUGAUUCUGUGUUACCUGUAUGGAGACUUCCCCUUUAACCAGACUACCUAUGCCUUCCGCCUGCUUUCUCACUGCAUGGCCUAUGCUAAUUCUUGCCUCAACCCUAUUGUCUAUGCUCUGGUGUCUAAGCACUUCCGCAAAGGGUUCAAAAAGGUGUUCAGCUGCAUCCUGAGUAAGAAAGCGAGAAAUAAGGUACAUGUCGUGCAUGUGGCUCACACAGUCCCGGGAUUUGAGGCGGGAUCCACAGAGGUUUCCCAUAUGAACGAGGAAAACAUGAGGCCGAAUGACUGUGAAAUGGGAAACCAUUCUUCUGCCAUUCCACAAAAUGCCACGGUGACAAUCAGCUUACCAUACCAGCAACAUCAGAAAUGAAAAAUUGGACAUGUAUUUACAGAGAAACAUAUGGAACCUUUAUAAGGAAAGUCAACUGACUUAAAAUGAUGGCGAACUGCAUGUUACUUUUUCUUUUUAGCUUUUACAUUUUUCUUCUUGUUUCAUUCUUACAAAAUUCUGUUGGACUUUAAUCCUAUUUAUGGAUUGUAUCUAUGUAAAUUGUGAAGGUAAAAAGUGAUUAGACUUUGUUAGCAAUGUUGACUACUAAAUUACUCAUCCUGAACAUUAUUGCUCAGGAUGAAUUUAAAUUGAUUUUUUACUUCUUUCACUGGCAUCUCUUAUGAUCUUGUUAUGGUACUAAAUUUAAUAUUUUUAGGAUUUCUAAAACUAACAGAGUGUCAAUAUAAACCACUUAACUGUUAUAAAAAUAUCUUCAGCAUUCCAAUGGCUAUGUUACAAAUCAAUUAAUGUGGUAACAUUUUAAUUGAUAACAAACAUGUUUACUUAUUUAAAAAAUGAUAUAUAGAAUACAUUUGGUUACUAUUUCAUUCCAUACAUACUAAAAGUGAAGAUACAUAUUUAAAGAUAAAUAUGAAUAAAUAUCUCAUUGAUGAUUUUAUGCGAUAUAACAUUCCUCUGUAUAGUUUGGUUUAAAGAUUAAUCAAUUAAUAAAGCAAACUUAAUUCUAGCUGGACUUUUACCUACAUCACAAAAUAACUUGCUAGAAAUGAAGAUUCUAAACAACUUUGUAAGCACUAACAGUUCAGGAGAUCAAGUUACACAGUGAAAAAAAUACUAUGAUCACAUUUCCUCAUGCACACAUAUUAAAUUUACACCUACAUUAGCUGUUAAUAUUCUAGAUGAAUGUAAGCACCUUUAUUGUGGCCUGCAGUGUGUCUACCACUAAUGUAGAAAGCAGGUCAGAGCAUUAUGUUUCUGCCUGCAUUCCAUUUAGAGGAGUAUUGCUCUCGUAAGGUUAUUUUCUGGAAUACUGUCACUGAAGAUUUUAUUGCUCCUACAUCAAACAGAAUAAUCAGUUUGGAGCUUGGGGAUAAAACGCCUACCAAGACACAAGACACUAGCACAAACUGAACAAAGGUUUCCUGAGAUACUGCAGUGAAACAGCAAAAAGAAGUCUGUAGAUUUCCCUAUAGAAGUUCCUGAAAACCACAUUCCCUUACCCUGAAUUGUAAGACACACAAGCACUUUCUACUGUAUGGGCUAUGCAAUGUACUUCACUUCCUUUCUUGCAAAUGUUUUGUUUUCUCUCUUUUAGAAGCGGCUUUAUUCUUUGGUAUUUGAUAUAUAAGUGUAGUUGUAAAAAUGACUUGGAACCACAGGAAUAAAGAGAACUGUUUGCUUGUU